AUGACGCCGAGUUCCCCAGAUGAAGCUCUUCACUUCCGUGGCAAGACUCUGACUCCCGAGAGCCCCCGCCCGCUUCACAUCGCGGAACCGGCCAAUAUCCCGGUGCUUCAGAAUCAAAUGGACCCCGUUUUCAACGAUACCUCGACCUACGAGACGCCGGAAGCCGCCGUUGACAACUUCGCCUUGGUGCCUCGUCACGAUGGAACUUUCCCGGCCCCUCAUGCAGGGUCCGCGCAUGCAAUGGAUAACGCGGCUUCCGUGAGGGGCUCGGACCGACCACCACAAAUACAAGGUAGCUUACACUCUGGCUCUUCUCAGACGAAGAAUGGGACGCGGUCCUUUUCUUCCUUUACGGCCUCGUUUCCCCAGGCGUCACCCGCAGACCAUUCUGCUCCUUCCAUGGCCACUGCGACUCCAGCGGAUGUCUGGACAUCCGCAGCAGCAAACUCUUCUCUAACGGCUUUUCAUCCAUCAGAUCCCGCCACCUUAGCUCAUCCCGUCCCCGAUGUCCCUUCCUCUUCUUCCCACCCUCAGAGCAUCCGUACUGCGAACGAGGUAGACCCUGCUGUCGCCAGCUGGACGGCCGCGCCGCCGCAUCGCCUAGAUACCCAGAACAGACCCGUUGAUAAUAUUGGUGAGGAUGGUGUGGACUUCCAGAACCUCCUCGAUAAUCUCCCCCCUCCCUCUACUGCCGCACCCCCUGCCCAUGCGGUGAUGGAGACGGCACCCUCGUCUGCCAAUGACGCCACUGCAGGCCCUCAUGCAGCUUCUGACGAAGCCCUCCAAUCUUCCCUGGGUCUUCCUCCCCGUCCCCCGCCCCAGGAGAAGCCCUCGAUCCAUCCCAAUUACUAUCCCAACGAUGAUAUACGUUCCUAUCAUCAACUCCCCCCUAAUACCCCCAAUACUUCCACCACCUAUCCCACCCAGCAAAGUAAUUAUCAAUCCGGCUCGGGAGCCUCUUCGGUGGUUGCUGCUGGAGCCCCAGGAACUUCUUCGGGGGCCAGCGCGUUACCCCCUCCUCCGGUCCCUAGCUUCCAACAAUCUCCCACCAAUUCGACGGAUUCUCAGGAGCCGUUUGCGCCGGGGGCUAAGCACGCCCGUACCGAUGGCAAGCAAGGUCGACCGCCUAAAGGCACCGAUGAAGACGCUCCAUGGGGUCCUGAUGUGCAAAAGAAAUAUGACGAAUUUCUUCACAAUGAAAGAAUAUACGUGACGGAAGGCCUCUGGGAUCGUUUCCCGUCGGGUUCUAGGCUAUUUGUUGGCAAUCUACCCACCGAGCGAGUAACCAAGAGGGAUCUCUUUCACAUAUUCCACAAGUACGGGAAACUAGCCCAGAUAUCGAUCAAACAGGCCUACGGUUUCAUCCAAUUCCUUGAUUCUUCGGCCUGUAAGAAAGGGCUCGAUGCAGAGCAAGGCGCGGUGAUUAGGGGACGGAAAGUCCAUCUUGAAAUUUCGAAGCCUCAACGGAACACUCGACCUGGGCCACCCGUGGCAGAAUCAUCCCGCGCUCCUCCCCCUCGGCGCUCGCGGUCGCCAGAAUUCAGUAGAAGUGGACCUCCUCCCGCCAGUCGCAACCCGAGGCCAGCUGGAGACCGCUAUGACAGACCUUACGAGCCGGGGAGAUUGCCGUUCAGCGAUUUCCGUGACGAGCCUACUCAUCGACGCCGUGAUGAUUACCGACCGCCUCGAUCGCCCUCGCCCCGUGGUUUCCGAGGCCGCGACGGCUAUCGGUCUCGCGACCGGACUCCAGAACGGUUUGAUAGGCGGGAGAGACGGCGUUCGCGGUCUCCAUUCUCUAGAGAACGCAGGUAUCGCAGUCUCAGCCCUCGCGCGCGCUCUUACGAUGGGGAUGCGGACUUGCCCGUGCCUAGGCGAAACCCAAGAGAUGUACCUGAGGUGCAGGUUCUGGUGUUGGAGGAAGUGGAUCGCAAUUUUAUCUUUCAGGUCGAAAAUGCCUUCCGCAACCGAGGCUUGCGGGUUGACAUUCUGGUGCUCGGGCCGCGAAUCCCUCUCAACGCCGCGGUGCAGCGACAGAUUUCUGAGGGUGUCCUCGCCGUGGUGAGACUUUCGCGUCCCAAUCAGUUCUCGCGGAAAAUUCCCCUACAGGUGUUCGACCGGAGUGGCGGUGCGGAAAAUGUCCGCUUCAAUGAAUACCCUGAUGUCGAACCAAGCAUUGCCGCCGAAAUUGUGUUCCACGCACAGUCAGUGCAGCGUGGCGCUCCUCCAACUCCCUUUCCUCCUACUAUUCCUUUCGCAUUACCACCCAUGCCUCCUGCGCCGAUCCCACAAGCCCCAAUGCCGGCGCUCUCCAACCCGCCCAACAUUGCAAACAUGAUCACCUCUUUGGACGGUCCCACUUUGCAGUCGCUUCUGGGUGCGCUUCAGCAGCGACCGCCAGCCGUCCCCACUGCGCAGCAACCGCCAUUCCCAGCUGCAGGCAGUCCUCAAACCCCCGCGGACCUUGCCAGUCUUCUCAGCGCUGCCACUCGUCAGCCCGUAGCGGCUGGUCCGCAGCAACCUCUCCCCCCUCAGCCAUUCCCCAUCCAAACCCCCAACGCACCGGUGGUGUCAGACCCCAAUCUGCUCUCACUAUUGACCAAGGGCCUCGGGGGGCAGCAACACCAGAAUCAGGCCUCCGUCGCGCCCCAUGUACAAAACAUCAUGAACCAACUGGGCAAGUGGAAGCAAUGA